UGGAAAACCUGCUAUUAAAGAGAUUGUUAAACAAUAUGGCAAAAAUAUUACAAUUAUAGUAGCAAUAGAUAGAAACGAAAAGGCCUUUUCAAAAGUAAAAAAUCUAGUUGCAAGACACCAUCUUGCUGAUUACGAAACAAUUUUGAAAAGAAUAGAUGAUGUAUUUGAUAUAGUAACUAGGGAGGAUUGUAGAAAUUGGAUUAGACAUUCAAUAUCAUAUUUUGAUUUCUGUCAAGAUGAAGAAAGAAUUAAAAUAUAA